UACAAAUGUCACUUUGGUACAUUCUUAUCGUAUUUUUAAAAAUAUGUGUAUGAAUUGCAUGAAUUUCUCUUUAUAGAAUGCUUAGAAAUUACAUUUUUGAAUCGGUUAUUCAUAAAAUAAUGUAAAAGACUAAAUGGUUCUUGUCGAUAAACAACCUGGCUCUUCCAGGAGUGGUUUUAUUGUGUCAAAGGAACUUCCUAUCUUUUUUGUUAUGAUGAAAUUUAAUGUAAAAGUAGCCUUAAUUUUUAUGCUAUGUAUCGGAAUUUUCACCAUUCUAACGCUGUAUUCCUUUUGCGGAAGCACGGAGAAAGAAUGGAACAAAUUUUACAUUGCUAAUUCCAAAUCAAUUGAUAUUCCGGUAUCAGAAGAAAUAGACUGUGAUAUAAACGGAGAAUACAUUAUAGGUUGUCGCAAGGAAGGCGAUGAUGUCUACGUCCCUUUCUCAUUUUUGCACAGAUACUUUGAAGUUUACGGAAAAUUGGCUACUUAUGAUGGAAUUGAAAGGUUCGAGUGGACACACAGCUACGGCAAAGUCUAUCACCCCAAAGGGAAGUACGACCCUAGAGGAGUAUUCAUGUACUUCGAUAAUUACAAUGUUGAGGUACGAGAGAGGGUUAAGUGCGUCAGCGCUUCGGAAGGUGUACCGGUAUCUAUUCAAUGGGAAAGUCAAGGCUACUACUACCCCACUCAAAUAGCCCAAUUUGGACUAUCUCACUUUAGUAAAAACCUCACUGAACCCGAACCAAGGAGAAAAACCGUUGAAGAUUGCGAAAAAGAUUUAGCAAAAUGGAUUGUUCCAACGACGGCCCAAUUAGAAAGAGUCUUUGACAAAUCGUUAAACACUAGAACUCUAACUUUUUCCACAAGCGACAAUUAUAUGGACGGUAUUAAAUUAAAGAUGGAUCACGUUUUGUACUUCGUUAUGAGCCUCGACAUUCUCUUAACUAACAACAGCAGUCUCUGCAUUACCUUACAGAACCGAGAAAGCAAAGAAAUCCACUACUUACAUUACAUAACUUCCGAUAUUUGGAUUACAGCACAGGACAAUAAUAUUUACCACGGAAUAGGAACUGUCAAAGAAUGGAAUAAAAUAACCAGAGACUUAAUCGUCGAUCUCCACAAAGGUUUAGUUUACUCGGAAAAGGAUAAAUCCAAGCUGAAGAUAUCGAGAUCGAAAAUUAAAAUAGUCGAAGUAACUCUGCGAGGAUCCGGACGCUUGGAUAACUUCACUCUAAGCUCCUCCGAGCACAUUCAGCAAUUCUACGAUGCCGCCGAAUGGUUCGUUAGACACCAAAACGUAGAAACAGGUGGAUGGGCGAUCAAUGUUAAACGUAAAUUAGCUAGUGGAUUUCGUGAUUUAGAGCCAGGUUGGUAUUCAGCAAUGAGUCAGGGUCACGCGCUCUCUGUCCUCUCUAGGGCUUAUUAUCAUUCGGGUGGAGACAUUCGUUAUCUAACGGCAGCUUUAAGAGGGCUCAAGCCAUUUAGGGUUUCCAGUUCGAAGGGUGGCGUAAGGGCUACCUUUUUAAACAAAUAUUUUUGGUACGAGGAGUACCCCACGAGGCCAGCCUCGUUCGUACUAAACGGUUUUAUUUACUCAUUAUUGGGUCUGUACGAUUUAAUAACAAUCGCCCCUCCGGGUCAAGCUCAGGAAGCAGAGUUCUUGUACAAUGAAGGUAUGAUAUCGUUGAAAAAUAUGUUGACACUAUUUGAUAUGGGCAGUGUCACUUCGUAUGAUCUUAGGCACUUUACUAUCGGCAUUGAGCCGAAUUUAGCGAGGUGGGACUAUCACGCUACCCAUAUUAAUCAGUUGUUGUUAUUAAGUACCAUUGAAAAUGAACCUUUGUAUAAAAUCACGGCUGAAAGGUGGAUUGGUUACAUGAAUGGUAAACGAGCUGAUCACAAUUAAAUUAGGUUUUUUUUUGGAUGUUAAUAAUGUGCCAUGCAGUUGAAUUUUUAAAUUUUUUAUAUUGUUUUUGUUACUUAUUUAUUGAACUAGGUUUAAGAGAACAGAUAAAACUCGGUGUAAUAUUA